UGAAGAACCGGUGCACAGACAUUUACGGCUAACAGAUGGACAAUUCGAUGAAAUAUGUGCGGAAUACCAUAAUUGGAGACAACAACAAGGAGGAGGAAACAGGAGGUAUUUAUUCUCUGUGAAGAGAAUGGAGACAUUUUUGCUGUAUUUGGCCUCUGGUGGCUACCACCGACAAAUUGGAUACACACAGGGUAUAGCCAAAUCAACAGCCAUAUUACACAGUAGGGAAGUUUCAGACUUCUUUAUGGAUAUAGCUGGCGAGCACAUUGCAUUUCCACGGAGGGAAGAACUUGACCAGUUAAGCACUAGCCUUCGGGAUAUAGAUGGUGUUGAAAAACAUGUUGUCAUGUAUUUGGAUGGUGUAAUCAUAAAAAUUCAGCGUCCAGAUCAUGCUGGAGACGCUUACUACUGUGGCCGGCCUGGUAAAAGCUGUGACUCUAUAAACACCCAGUAUAUUGUUGACAAGUUUGGCAGAGUACGUCAUCUCAUCACAGGGCUUCCAGGAGCAACACAUGACAAGACUGCUACAGAAUGGGGUGAUGACUUCAUGAGAUACUUGGAUCAACUUCCGGACGAUGAUGUUGUGCUUGGUGAUGCUGCUUACCGGAAUUUGCAUCCUGCUGUUUUGGUCCCAUUUAUAGGAAAUAACCUUCAACCAGACCAGUUCGCUUUCAACAAUCGCUGUACCAGAAUUCGUCAAAUUGUUGAACGUACCAUUGGGGCAUCUGAACUCAAAUGGCGCAUGAAUCAAAUGAAGGAGAAUAGGUAUCCUGCCAAGUAUGGCCCCUUAUUUGCUGCCAAAUGUACCAUUGCAACUUGUGUGUUACAUAAUCGAUACACCAAUUUCUUGGGGUAACAUCU